UCACAGCAGCCAGCGGGUCCUGGAUCAUUUUCACCCCGAGGACUCGCCUGUUUUCUGGGGGGGGGGGGGGUUUCACAUCGUGUCGCGGUGCUUCUCCCACACACACAACUACGAGCUCGGAGGGGAGCGGUCGGCCUUCAGGAGGAGGAGGAGGAGAGCAUGAGGAGAUGAAUGGAGUCAAAGUGGAAGCAGAGCAGAGAGGAGACGACGUUCAGCAGCUUCCUGCCGAGGGAGCGGGAGACGCUUCGGAACCCGAUGAUCCGACUACACCGGACGAACCGGGACAAACUCCCAGCAGCCGUCAGUCAAAGCGUCGUCACUGCUGCUCGGUAUGUGGACGAGAGUUUUCUCACCCGUGCCGCCUGGCAGAACACAUGAUCACGCACUCUGGAGACAAACCUCACAGCUGCUCCGUGUGCGGGAAACGCUUCACCAAGAAGAUCAACAUGGUGGUUCACCAGCGGGUUCACACGGGGGAGAGGCCGUACUCCUGCGCCGACUGCGGUGUCAGCUACGCCCAGCUGGCCUGCCUGCAGAGGCACCGGCUGCGGCACGCAGCAGAGAAACCGCACCGCUGCUCGGUGUGCGGCCACGGCUUCAUUCAGCGCCGAUAUCUGGUCCAACAUGAACGCACGCACACCGGUGAGAGGCCGUUCUCCUGCCCGCUGUGCCCAAAACGCUUCGCCUCCAAGAAAGGCCUCAGCGAUCACCAGAAAACCCACGCAGAGGAGAACUUCUACUGCUGCGCCAUCUGCAAGAAGCUUUUCUCAACGCCGUCGUCCUUCAGAGAUCACGUGAGGCUGCACACGGGACAGAAGCCUCAUCCCUGCUCGCUGUGCUGCAAGAGCUUCAACCGGCCGGGUCUGCUGAGGAAACACCUGCAGAAACACGCAGAGGAGAAGACGAAAGCAGCUGGCUGCACAGAGGAAACGCCUCAUCGCUGCUUCCUGUGUCAGAAAGACUUCUCCACCGCAGAGAAGCUGCAGCAGCACGAGCUGCUCCACCAGAGGGCGCUGCAGUUCGUGUGCGACAUCUGCGGGCGAGGUUUCACCCGAGCGUCCAACCUGCAGGAUCACGUGAGGUCUCACACCGGAGAGAGACCGUUCCAGUGCCACGUCUGCAAGAAACGCUUCUCCCUGCAGAGAGUCCUCAGGAAGCACCAGGAGAUCCACCGCAGGGACGCACCAAACACCCCAAACCCCCCAAACCCCCUCACACCCAGAGACAGCACAGGCGAGCAGAAACCAGACGAGCAGCUGGCUGACGGCAGCGUGGCGGUGGUUUGUGUCGGCCUGAACGGGCUGAAGGAGCUGAAGGAGGAAGAGGAAGAGGAAGCGGUGCGUUCUCCAACCGACGUGAAGAAGCUCCACAGCUGCUCCGUCUGUGGGAAGAGUUACCCGCGACCGUCCCGCCUCAAAGAGCACAUGAAGAUCCACGCAACGGAGAAACUGCACCGUUGCUCGGCCUGCGGGAAAUCCUUCACCACCAGCACCAACCUGCGAGCUCACGAGAAGAUCCACAUGGCCGACAGACCUCACCCCUGCAGCGUCUGCCCCAAGAGCUUCCUGCGGCCGUCGCUGCUGCGCAAACACAUGAGGAUCCACGUGAGGGACGGACUGGUGGCCGAGCCCCCCCACGGCCUCGACAAGGAGUUCUGGUUACACAUGAAGACGGUGGAGGAAGAGCAGGAGCGAGGGAUGAUGAGGAUAAAGGAGGAGGAGGAAGAGGAGGAGGAGCGAGGGAUGAUGAGGAUAAAGGAGGAGGAGGAAGAGGAGCGAGGGAUGAUGAGGAUAAAGGAGGAGGAAGGUCUGGAUGAGCAGCAGGAGGCGGAGGAGAUUCCUGCAGUCGUCAUAAAGUCGGAGGACGGCUCGAUGUUGGACGGCCGAGCGGACGCAGACGACGGAGACGUCAGCGGUUUGAUCAACUCUGACGGAGAGGAGGAGGACUGGAGACGAGCGCCGGCCAUCGAACAAGAUGGCCGCUCAGAAAUCCUGUCCGACGGCGCUAAACGGAAGCACCUCUGUCCCGUCUGCGGCCGCGACUGCUUCAAGGCGUCGGCGCUGCAGAAGCACCUGCGGAUCCACUCCGGCGAGCGUCCGUUCCAGUGCCCCACCUGCAGGAAGAGCUUCACGCAGCACGUUCACAUGACGGAGCACCAGAGGAUCCACACGGGGGAGAAACCCUACACCUGCGCCGACUGCAGCAAGAGCUUCACCUUCUCCAGCGCGCUGCGUCGCCACCAGCGGCUGCACACCGACGCUCGGCCGUACCAGUGCUCCGUCUGCCAGAAGACCUUCAAGCAGCAGAGCUCGCUGAAGAGCCACCAGCUGACGCACUCGGGGAUCCGCUACCAGUGUCCGCUCUGCAGUAAGAGCUUCAGCCGCGCCCUGGAGCUCACCUACCACGUGGACAUGCACUCAGACACCCGGCCGUACUUCUGCAACAUCUGCAAGAAGAACCUGAGCGGAGCCAGGAUCUUCCGCAACCACAUGAAGAAGCACGGGACGCCGGACUCGCCGCUGUGGCUGCCGCCGCUGCCCAGAGCCAGAGUGGAGGAGACGGAGACGAGACGCAGAGGAGAAGCAGCGGCGGUGGACUGAAGUCGCUCUGUAAACCAGAGAGGAGAUCUGAUGGAGAUCUGAUGGACCAGUAACAGACUGGUUGGAACACUGACACCAUCAAAACUGAACUGAGAUGUUUCCUCCAUAUUUAUAAUGAACUGACUUGAAGGAGUAGGAUGACAUUUUGGGAAAUACAGUUACACAAACAUGCUGAACAAACAUAUUUAAACAUGAAUAUAUAUCAAUAUUAUAUUUAAACAAGUGAGUGAAAAAAUAAACAUAAAACCAUAAAUUAUUGUCUAUAUACAGUUUGUGUUCAUUGUAAACAGGAUAAAAAAUAGUUGAAAGUGCCGGUAAGUUAUUUUAUUUACAUACAUACAGUAGGUGGUUAAGUGCAGUAAAUAUAUUUAUAUAUAUAUAAACAUCCUGUUGAAGUGUCACAGUAUUGAGUGAUAGGUAUAAACUUUAUUGCACAUUUUGUAUUUUAAUCUAAAAUUAAUGUUCCUGUAAUAAGAUAAGAAAACAGAUGAGAGUGUAUUUCCCAAAAUGUUGAACUAUUCCUUUAAAAACAACAUUCACAUGCUGUAAUCAGUGUUAUAUACGGGUCAGUGAUGAAUCAGAGUCGGUAAGAUGAGCAAUUAAAAAAUAUAUUAAUAGUUUUAAAAGCAGCAUCAGGUUUGUUAAAAUGUACAUUUAGUAUUUUUGUUGGUUUUAUAUCAUUUGAAAUGACAUUUGAACCAUUUUUUACCAAAAGUAAGACUGAAUGCUCCUGAAAAUGUCAAAUGGUGUA